GGAGCGUGAAGAUCAUCUGAUCUUAGAACACUGCUGUGGGUGUCGGUGAUGAAGAUGGAUGUCGGUUUUCUCCUCGUAGCUGUCAUUCUUCUGUGCUCUGGAGCUAGCACAAAGGGUGACAGCUUUACCAUCAACGUCAACACCAACGGUAGCUACAGCAUCGCCGUCCAGGGAAACGUCUGGUUGCAAAGCGCACCGACGUUCGUUAGAGUCAACAAGCAGGUGUUCAGCACCGCCGAUGGCUCCUUGAAGCUUCUGGAGACCACAGGAACAUCUGGAUCCGACUUCAUCGGCAAAUGGCAGGCCACCAACUUCCUCUACCAAGCCAGCACGUGCCGCUUUCUAGCCAGCAUCUACGUCUACACCCCCGACCCAAGUAUCUUCUCCUACAACAACCCACCUGAACAAUUUCUGCUCUUCAAACAGACUUACCUAACCCAGACCAAUGCCACUCAGGCGCCAUCAGUUGAUGAAACCAUAGCUGGCUUCCCUGGGUUUGUUGUGGAGGAGGCGACUGCCCCCCUUGGGUACAUGUCCUACGGCGGCGACAUGUACGGCGACAGCAGCAAAGCUUUCGGACAAUUUGGCCCCAAAAUGAAGAUUACCUCCGGCAUCAGAAGUGGCCCCCUCGCUAUAUUUGACCGGGUCAAGACCGCCAACACCCUCAUCCUGUCCCCAGCCAGUACCUUCAUGGCCGCCAAUCUUUGGUACCAAACCUCCAGCACCGGAAACAACCUUUACUGGGGCAUCAUGGGUGGAGUCUCUGAUAUUACGCCUGGUUUUGAAACCAGUACCAUUCUCUUCUACAGCAACCAAGGUAUCAACAAGGGAUUCGUCAGCUGGGGUCAGAUUUUACAGAAGAUGUACGAAAGAGACAACAGUUUUGUCAAGUCAGAUUUCACCAACAACUAUCUGGGAUACUGGACAGAUAACGGGGCGUAUUACUAUUAUAACACUGAACCUCAGAAGAACUACCAGGAUACUAUCCUGGACCUUGCCAUCGCAAUCAAGGAAACAGGGAUACCCUUCAGAUACCUGCAGUUCGACUCCUGGUGGUACUACAAAGGUGUUGGGGAUGGAGUCAAGACAUGGGAGAGCACUCCUGAAGUGUUCCCUAACGGCAUGCAGUGGCUUUACAAUAAAACGGGACUCCCAAUUUCAGCCCAUAAUAGAUACUGGGCAAGUGACACAACAUAUGCAAAGCAGAAUGGUGGAAAAUAUGCUUUCCUUGUUGAAAACAACAAAGCCCUUCCUAUUGACCAGACAUUUUGGGACGAUCUUAUCUCCAAUGGUCGGAAAUGGGGUCUUCUGACGUAUGAGCAGGACUGGCUAAACGUGGAGUUCGCCGACGUUCCUUCCCUCACCUACGAUGCUUACCUGGGAGAAAUGUGGCUCAACCAGAUGGGGCGUGGGGCUGCCAAGAACGGUGUGACGAUACAGUACUGUAUGGCCAACAGUCGACACUUACUCCAAGGCAUCUCCAUCCCUACUGUAACACAGGCAAGGGCCAGCGGUGACUACCAUCCUGGCACCCAGCAAUGGCGUAUCGGCGUCACCUCUGUGUUUGCCCGGGCUAUUGGCAUCGCUCCAUUCAAAGACAACUUCUGGACCACGACGGUUCAGCCUGGUAGUCCUUACAAAGGCGCACAAGAACCAUACACGGAGUUGAACGCAGUGGUGGCCACUCUCAGCACGGGGCCUGUCGGACCAAGUGACAUGAUCGGCAAAUUCAACAAGACCAUCAUAAUGAAGAGCGUUAAUUCGGACGGACUGAUCCUUAAGCCAUCCAGACCCGCCACAGCUAUAGACAACAUGAUCAGAAGGCUGGCAUGGGACGAUUUUGAAGGUCCAGAUGGCGAGGUGUGGUCAACAUAUUCUGACUUCGGUGGCAACAACAAAUACGGCAUCGUCCUUGCUGCUGACCUUCAAGGAAGCUACAACAUGACCCCGUGUAUGGCGGGGUUCCAAGGGUUCCCCAACUCUAUGGUGUUCUCUGCCAAAGACCCCAACAAGGUGCAGCUGCUAACAGACCCCCAGCCUCUCCUGCUGAGUGGUUGUACCAUGGUGGACUUCUGUCUGUACUAUGUCUCACCCGUUAUACCAUUUGGAGGGCAUCAGGUCCUGAUUCAAGGUGAACUUGACAAGUGGGUGCCAAUGUCUCCACAGAGAGUUGUCGACAUCACCGUUGACAGCAGCGACAUCAUCGUCCGUAUUGCAGGAGCCUCAAAUGAACAAGUCUUUUUCUGGUUCAACACUGACGGCGUGUCACAACGCGUUGGAUGCUUUGUCGAUGAAACCGGAUUCACUUCUAUCAGUUACGAGCAGAUGGGAUGUCCGGAGGCCUAAACACGCAAUAUGCCACUGAGACAUUGCUCUAUUUGAAUUAAUUCAAUAUGAAUAAAUGUAACAAAACUUUGUCGGUGCCUCACAUUCACUAUCAUGUCGGGUUGUGUAUGCGGUGGGGAUAAAAGUCAAAAUAAACCCCAAACAUUUACCUUC